AUGGCGGGCGUAGAAACCGCCGUGGAUUUAGGGAGAAUGGGGAUGAUCCAUUCGCCCAGAAAGGAUAAAGAGCACCAGGUGAUACCAAUACCUGCAAAAUCAGAAAGCCCGCGAAGCAAUGGUGAGUCCGAUUCAGAAAAUGAGUCCCCGAAACGACCAGACAAGCAGGCAAAGGAUUGCCAAGAAGCCGAUCCUCUCCUCCUGGCGGCAGCUUUGCUAGGCGACAAGGGAGCAGUAGCUAAAGCCGAGACAUACAUAGAAGCCAUCAGGACAUGGAGGGCGUCAGAGGAGAAGAACCUCCGGCAGCAGCUCGAAGACAUUGACAAAGCAGCAGUUCACACUGACGACGGGACGGAUCUUAUGACGGCAGAGCUCGAGGAUCUCUUGUCUCGUGGCAGUGAUAUCGUUGCGAGGAUCAAAACAGCGCGCACAGGGUUGGAGAAGGAGAUUCAUGCUAUCACUCUUGCUGCAAACUCUGAAGACAUCAAGGUCGGGGAUUUCCAGACGCAACUGGAAGCCGCUCCGGCGGUGCCAUCCUUAGCAGACCAGACUGAUGAGGUUAUCAGAUUGGAGCUCCGCUUCACCGAACUGGCACGUAUGCAGUCGAACUCGGAGUGCGAACAGAAGAAUGACGAAGCAGAGCUCGAGAAGCUGGAAUCUGAUAUUGGUCAGUACUGCUGCGAUAUUGCGGAGGCGCUGGAAGAAGUGACGAAGACAGAAAGGCGACCUGCACUUUCUCGACACCAGCUGAAUCUGCUCGUUGCUCCUGUGUACGGUCCAGCAGAUCACGUGCGCUUGACAACAAGGCUGAUCGACUGCUUGACUCAGUCCUUCAACCCCUUGAUCACGAAAUCCAUGAAGACAGCCUUGAAUACAAUAACUGAUAGUAACGUUGUAGCCUGA